GAGUUGACUUGAUCUCCUUGGGUCUUUAAAAACCCAUUUUACCGCAAUUUCUAUUGCAUUGACGCUGUUAUUUGUGUUAGUUUUGUGUGCCUUGUUGUCCGUGCUUUGUGACGCACCAAUUCAGUGUAUUUUUCCAGCAAGGAAAAUUGUGAUAUUGCAGGUCAGGAGGAUGACUGCUCUAGUGUACUGUUCAUUGAUUGCGGUUUUGUGUCUUUGUGGAUACUUAAAUGCAACAGAUGUUACUCCAGGACGAACUGCAGUAAAGCCAGGAGAGUGUCCACCCCAAACACCUGGAAGCUCCUGUACCAGGUUAUGUGACUGUGACUCUAGCUGUCCUGACAAUGAGAAGUGUUGCAGCAAUGGAUGUGGACGUUCCUGUACAUCUCCUUAUACAGUGAAGCCUGGUCAAUGUCCCAAAACGAAGAGCGUUCCAGGAUGUGCUGAAAGCUGUUUCCAUGAUGGCCAGUGUCCUGCCGCACAGAAGUGUUGCCCAACCACCUGUGGCCAUGUAUGUAGUGAACCAGAUGAUCAGGAAAGUGAUGAGGCAAGUGGUCAGGGAUACGGAGGUGGUUAUGGACAAGGAAGCGGUCAGGGUUACGGAAGUGGUCAGGGAAGUGGUCAGGGUUAUGGAAGUGGCCAGGGAAGUGGUUACGGCCAGGGAAGUGGUUAUGGCGAGGGACGUGGUCAGGGUUUCGGUAGUGGGCAGGGAAGUGGUUACGGCCAGGGAAGUGGUCAGGGGUACGGAAGUGGUCAGGGAAGGGGGUACGGAAGUGCUGCGGAAGAAGGAAAGGUGGGCGUAACGUUCAACAUUGGCACAGUGGACAUCAGCGUCAAAGAGAUGACUACAGAUGUCAGCGAUGGAAAAUAUCAUGUUGUGAGAUUCACAAGGAAUGGAGGAAAUGCCACCUUACAGGUGGACAACUGCCCAAUCAAUGAGUACUUUCCAUCAGGUAACAGCGACAAUGAGCGUUAUCAAAUGGCUAAUAAGAAAAUCCCAUUCAAAUAUACCCGGCCGGUUGAAGAUUGGCUACAUGAGAAAGGUCGUCAGCUGACCAUUUUUAACACCCAAGCUACCAUCUCAAUAGGCGGUAAUGACCGCAAGCGACCAUAUCAAGGCCAGCUGUCUGGUCUUUAUUACAAUGGUCUGAAGGUUCUCAACAUGGCAGCUCAAGGUCAUGCUUACAUCAAGAUAAAUGGCAGUGUGAGACUGGUGGGGGAUGUGCCUACCAGCAGAAGCCCCUCAAGUACCACCACCUCCAUGCCCCCAGAGAUGUCCACCACCUUCAUCGAGACCACUACCACCCUGUCAACCACCACUACCCGCAAGCAACGCUCACCACCCACCAUUCAGUCAGACGCAAAGGAGCCCCCAGUUGACCGUGGAGAUUCAUCAGACAAGCUUGGGGUGCAUGAAUGGGAGGAGCCGAUGGACACAUAUCUGCGAAAGAGAGGAAUACCAGUAGCAGAGCAACAUCAGGAGAUUCUAAGCAGUUUGAUGGUAUACACCGUAGUGGACAGGAACCUGCAGACGCACACUUACAAACUCAAGGAUGAGAAAGGGAAUGUGAGGAUAGUUCACAGGAAUUUGAUGUUGGACAUACGUUUCCUACCUGUUGAGUCACCUGAUGAGGAGGAAAGCUUCCUGAUUUCUGCAAGAGAGUCAGAGGAUGAGUCCUGUAGUGCUAGGAGUGAGUUCUGCGUCGAAAACGUCGAUCCACCAGACCUGGAGGAGAGAACCAUGAGAUGGGUUAAUCAAGAGUCUGAAAGCCUUCUAGUCCAGAACUUGGAUGUUGAGGAAGCCAUGGGCACAAAUCAUAAAGAGAAUAGUAAUGGCGAUCUUCCUCAAAGUGAAGCUGAAACCAGUCCAACAUCUCUUGAGGUUAACCUUGACAGUGACAUGGAUACACAAGUUCAGGCUGACAUUCAAAUUGACACUGACACUCAAGUUCCAGUUCCUGAUGUUCAGGGUGUCACAACAAGGGCAGGUAGAGUUGUGAAGAAAGUGAACAGAUUAAUUGAGUCAAUGGUUCAGAAGCCUUUUAAACCUCCAAGGUGUAGGGAGUCAUUUGAUGAAAAGACAUAA